GCGAAGAGUUCGCAGCCAUGCAAGCAGAACAAGCCGUCAUCGAUGCUGAGGGUAGCUCGGUCAAAGGUGUUGCCGCUCGAGAAGAGGGGGAAUACGAAUGUUCGGCCGCAACAGCCGCGAGCAGUGGCUCCGUCUAGUGCUCGGCGCAUGGCUGCAAAAUCUUCCGGGAUUCGUCCAGGGUGAGUUUGCUGUGCCUGAACCAAAGAGGAGGCCUCUGUCCAAAAAGCAUAACAAGGGAAGAGCACUGGAUUUCAUAGGCACAAGAUCUCCAAGACGGCCCAUCGUCCAAGAGAGACAUGACAUGCAGACACAACUGCAUGAUCAUUCACAAUGGUGGCCGGUAUAACCUCAUUUAAGCAACGGAUGCAUUAAACUUGGAAUCAGACUGUGGCACAUUUGCCUAAAGUGAGCUUAAACUGUCAGCAAACAUGACGAAAGUGAUGC